AUGGAAGAGUCAUGGUCGUCGGGCGGCGCGCCGCUGUUGCGGACCAGGUCGUUGCCACUAGUGCUAGAGGCCAGCGGUGGUGCGCCCACGCGUCAGACCAAACUCGACCCGCGUCAACUCCUCACACUAACCAGACAUUACUACCCGGAAGGCGGCUGGGGAUGGGGGGUGGCUGUGGCCGCGACGAUAGCUCAGCUCCUAGCGCACGGGUUGCAUCAAGCUGCUGCUAUUCUCGCUGUGGAAGCGAUAAGACGAUUCGGCCCGGAGGUGCAAAUGCAAGCAGGAUGUCUGGGGGCGAUGUCAGCGAGUAUUGCGUUGGCUCUGUCGCCUGUGACAGUUGCUCUGUGCGUGCGCAAGUCGACACGGGUAACAGCUGUCGUUGGCGGCUUGGUGGCUGCUCUGGGUUGCCUGUUCACAUCCUUCGCAACGCAAUUCCAUCAACUGUUCUUCAGCUAUGGAACCGUAGUCGGUGUGGGAGUGGGUUUGACCCGGGAUUGUUCCACAUUGAUGGUCGCGCAGUACUUCAAACGACGUCGGGAGCUCGUAGAAAUAUUUAUAGUAAGUGGCAGCGGGUUAGGCAUCGCUGUCAUGUCCACUUUCAUCAGAGGUGCAAUCAGAGCCAUAGGUUGGAGACUAGGGCUGCAAGCAGUAACAGGAGUAGUUUUCGUUACGUUCAUACUGGGGACCUUUUAUCGCUCGGCGUCACUAUAUCACCCGCAGCGACGAGCGAUUUUACACCUUAAGAACCAAAACAAGAUUAAGAGAAAAAUGAAAGAUCGAAAUAAGUCUGAUGAUAGACAGCCCUUUUUCGAUUUUUCUACGCUAAGGUCGAAAACGGUGCGGAUACUUUUAAUGUCCACUGGGAUAUCUGCGUUUGGGAUCAACACACCUAUAUUUUAUCUUGCGUAUCACGCUGAAGAGGAAGGUUUAGGUGACACGGCGGAAUUGCUCCAGGCGUAUCUCGGGUUAGCCUGGGCCGUAGGAUGUGCUGCCUUCGGUCUGCUGGUGCGGCAGAACUCCUCAGAAUGCCGCAUCGCGAGACAGUACCUCACUCAAGCGGCAGUUUUUGUCUGUGGCUUGGCUACAAUGGCGUUGACAGCCGUUGAAGGAUCUCACAGUGGCUACGUUAUGUUCGCUUGGAUUUACGGCAUAUUCUGUGGCGGCUACCACUACUCGCUGAAGAUGUACACAUACGAGCGAGUGCGUUCACGAAAUUUUGCCCGUACUUGGGGCUUCGUGCAGUGUUCCCAAGCCGUCCCUAUAGCUAUCGGAGUGCCGCUGUCAGGAUAUAUAAAUGUCGGAUGCGGAGGCAAGGCGGGCUACUACUUCAGUUCCACCUGCUCCCUCAUAGGAUCUCUUUCCCUUUUCUGCAUCGAUCUACACCGGCGUAGCGUAGCGCAUAAAAAUACCAAAGAGAACGGUGGUACUGUGUCUUGCGAGGCGGGUCAUGGUCCAGCUAGCCGAAGUCGUAGCCGAGAAAGGGAACCACGUGCGGCUACUGGUGCUGCCACCGCUUUAGUUCUAGGAGCAGAAUUAGUAGCCCCGGGUCGCACUAGCCGUGAUCUGCUGGACAGCAUCGGCCCAGGUAGCCUCGGCUCCCCACCGCCGAAUAUCCCGCCAGAACUCACCUGCAUCAGCGAGGAAGGUGGCCUGGAUCUAGACCUGGAUUUGGACAUCCCUGAGCAUUUAUUAGAGGAUCUAGAUUGUGGGGGUGAUUGUAUUACUAGCUGCAAUAAGGUAGAAAACUAUCUAAUGCUGAGCGAGUACGAGAACAAUUUGAUAGCAGAACUACCAAACCUGAACGAGCGUCGUGGCAGGCGCUGGUCGAUAGUAGUUGCAAACUCGCAACAACAAUCGAACCAGGACAACCACAAAACGCCCGAACACAACAACUCGAUCAAGUGGAAGAAAAAGUGCCAUAACGCAAAUAACAGACUGAUAACGGUAAUCAACGAGGCCUCUAUGUAA